UGCCCUUUAUAAUGUUAUUUGGGCCUGGUCUGAUAUUGUAUACUGAUGUUUCAGGAGCUUGACUCAGCAUGGUCAAGUGAACACAGUUGCCAUUUUAGAUUAGUACCACAGUUCCAUAGAGGUUGCCAGUCCUUCUGAGUUCCUCCUCAACUACUUGUUUUUAUUUCAGAUCUCUAGCAUCUGCAGUAAUUUAUUUUAUUUUAAGUAAGUAAAUGUCCCUUUAAAAGUUACUUUCAUCAGCAAUGGUCUCAGAUACUAAAUGAUCAAAGUUGAAUAUUGAUAGUCGUAUAUCAUAACAUUUUUAUAUAUGAAAGUAGAAAUUUGCCUAAUUCCAUAUAAAAUUGUGGGAAGACCCCUUCUAUAGAAUAUAAAGUAGGGAAACUUUACUGUUGUACUAUACAGCAUUGGUGAGACUACAUCUGAAGAAAUGUACAGCUUUGAUUUCUGUAUGUGUAAAAAGAGAAAAUUACUUUAGAAUCAGUUCACAGAAUGUUCACACACCUCAGUCCAGGAAUGAAGGACUUUUAUUGUGAAGAAAGGUUGAAUAGCUGAGGCCUAUACUAUUGGAGUUUUAGAAAACUGAGAGAUUAUCUUAUCGAAACAUAUAAGAUCUUGAAGGAACUCUAUAUGGUGGACACUCAGAGGAUACUUCCUCUUGUGGGAGACACUAAAACUAAAGGUUUUAGUUUAAGAAUAAGAGGUUUUCCUUUUAUGACACAUGGGAAUUUUCUUUUCUCCAGGUCGUAGAAGUGUGGAAUUCUCUUCUCCUGAAAAGAGUAGAAACUGGACUUUGACAUCAAUUGAAAGCUGAGUUAUAUGUAUUUUUCAUAGAGGGUCAAGGGAUUUGUGGGGUGCAGAUGGAAAAAUGGAGCAUAGACCACACUAGAUCAGCCAUAAUCUUACUGAAUAGUGGAAUAGUCUCGAAGGGUCAAAUAACCUGCCCUGCUCCUACGUUUGAUGUUCCUAUGGAUGAAGCGCUGGAGUUAUGUCCCUCUUUCUAUUUAUCUGUUUAGCGCUUCAUCGGAGGCUCACUGAUGAUGUUACCUAGAAUGGUGAUGAAACGUCUGAAAAGUAACCUUCCAGCUCAGCGAGCAAACUCACAUCCAGAAACUCAACCUGAGCUACAAAUCUUCUCAAAACUCGCUUGAUGUUCCUAUGUUUGAGUUGAAUUUUUCAAGUAUCCUGACAGAGUCUGAACCAGCUGCUGAUUUUCAAAUCUAGCUCAUUAAAAAACAGAACUAAGCACAAAGGCAGAGGUAAACUGGAGAAUGUCCUUUGUAAAGAAAAAGAGGAAGACAAAAAUCACAUUCUUAUUUAAUCCCUUAUUGCAAUGGCAAACUCUUAAAGAAAAGUGCACUGUAUUUGUGGAGAAAAUGGCUUGCUGGAUCCAUGAUUAUUAAUGAUUCUUCAAAAAGAUGUUUAAUUAGAUGAAGAAAACCCUCGGCUCAUUUAAAAGGAACCUGGAUCUGCACCGAAGGCUGUGACCUGCAACGCUGCAGGCCAGGCACUGAGAAGCGGGAUUAGAAUGAGUCGCUAGUUUAUUCAGCAAGCGAAGACACACACUUGACUGGCCUCUUUCUGUGUCAUAACUUUAUCUAUGAUUUCUGUGAUCCUAAGAACAAGGCAAUACCUAAUAUGGUGAAAUGGUAGAGGCGAGAAAAAGAAGAAUUGAUAAAUGAAUUGUUGGUGGAUUAUGUCUAAAAUGAAACCCAUUUUCUGAAGAAGCGCCAGAGGUUUCUAAAUAAUUGAAUACAUUUUUUAAAAAAUCUCAGAAUCUGAAUCUAAAACCUGUGAACAAUGUUCUGCACAAGGUUCUGCGUGCAAAAUAUCAAACUCACUCUCUGAUUAGACAGCCAUAGAUUCUCGAUCAUUCUUGAUCUGCCUUUCUCCUUUAAAUAUCAAGAGACUGUGUAUAUUUCCAAAAUUUUCUUUUGUUGUGUUUCUUAACUCUCACAGCCAGCAUUCUUGGAAGGGCGUUUGAAAAUGCUACCAAGGCACUCAGGAUCUUUCCUUGAAGCAGGACAUCAUUGACCAGGUGAAGCCUGUAAGCAAUUAUUCAAAAUGGCAACAACUUGUCCGUCAGCUGCAUCAGGCUUUCUGUCCAAACCUUAAUGAUGAGACUGAGUGGCUGCAGAGAAGGAAAGUAAAUUAAGCCACUCCUGCACUCCAGUUUCCACAAUCGUUAGGAGGACUUGCCCAAUGUGUCUAAAAAUGAGGGUCAAAAAUCAGCCUAUUUAGUUGCAUGAAAACAUUGAAAAAAAUAUACUGUAUAAAAUUUUAAUUCAUGGUUAUGUACACUUCUGUUACAAACUCUUAAGACCAUUUUAACUGGAAACUUCCAAAGUAAACUUAAGUUCUUAAGUCACAGCAGGGUUAUCAGCCAUGGUGCUAUGGCUUUGUUAUGUCUACCAUUAUCACAGCCUCUCAACCUGUAAUGCAAAGAAACAUUGUGCUUCAAUCCAUUCUUGGCCUCUGCUGCCAAGAGGGAUCAAAGAUAUGUUUUAAGAGGGUGAUUGAAUUACAUAUGAAAGUGUAGUUUAAUUAUGUCCCAUCUCAUCUGAAGGCCACACUUGGUAUUCAAUCUCCAUAAAGGCUAUAACUGAAUAUUGACUAGUACUAAAUAUAUACAUGAAUCUAUAUAAUUACAUUUGAAAUAACUAAGCUAGUUGUCUGAUAUAAGAAUAAAACUGUUGAUGCCAAAAAUCUGAAACCAAAACAAACUGCUGGGGAAACUCAGCACGUCUGGCAGCAUCUGUUGAGAGAAAGUGGGGUUAAUGCUUCAAGCUCAAUGACUUUUCUGCUUUGCCAUCUGUAGAAGUAGGUUGAGGUGAGGAGAGUUAUUGAGAUUUAAUCAGGUCAGAAGUUCUCCACGCAUUUAAGUUUCAAUGGUAGCAGUGUUAAACCUUUUCCCCCUUUGCUUGUGAAAAUAAUACAAAACUUUCACCUAAACCAUUUAUUUAGUCUUGUUGGGUUUAACACAUACCACAAUGGUUUUCUGUUCUUCACUAAAAGGCAAUUUAAAUCUUGCUUCUCAAAGAGAAGUCAUAUCAGACUCAAAACUUUAUCUCUUUCUUUUUCCAGAACAUAGCCAGACUGGCUGAAUUUGUGCAGCUGUUAUGGGCGGCACAGCGGUUAGCAACGCUGCCUCACAGCACUGGUGAACCAGGUUCACUUCCUUCAGGCAACUGUGCAAACUCCACACAGACGUUCUCCCCAUGUCUGCAUGGGUUUCUGCCGGGUGAUCUGGUUUCCUCCCACAGCCCAAAGAUGUGCAGAUAAAAGCAAAAAACUAUGAUAAAGUUGAAAAGUUAUUUCAGCGAUGUCUUAUGAAAGUUUUGCAUAUUGAUCUAUGGAAAUGCUAUUUGGCCUAUGUACGGGAAACUAAAGGCAAACUUCCAAGUUACAAAGAGAAGAUGGCCCAAGCAUACGAUUUUGCUUUAGAUAAAAUCGGCAUGGAAAUUAUGUCUUAUCAAAUUUGGGUUGAUUACAUUAACUUCUUAAAAGGAGUGGAAGCUGUGGGAUCCUAUGCAGAGAACCAAAGAAUAACAGCAGUUCGACGUGUGUACCAGCGAGGCUGUGUCAAUCCUAUGAUAAAUAUUGAACAAUUAUGGCGAGAUUAUAAUAAGUAUGAAGAGAGCAUCAAUAUUCACCUUGCAAAGAAAAUGAUUGAAGAUCGUAGCAGAGAUUACAUGAAUGCUCGGCGAGUGGCAAAGGAAUAUGAGACUGUCAUGAAAGGUCUAGAUCGUAAUGCACCAUCAGUCCCACCACAGAACAGCCCACAGGAAGCACAACAGGUUGAUAUGUGGAAGAAAUAUAUUCAGUGGGAAAAGAGUAACCCACUUCGCACAGAAGACCAAACACUAAUCACUAAACGAGUUAUGUUUGCCUACGAACAAUGUCUGCUAGUUUUAGGACAUCAUCCAGAUAUCUGGUACGAAGCUGCCCAGUACUUGGAGCAAUCGAGCAAAUUGCUGGCAGAAAAGGGGGACAUGAAUAAUGCAAAACUGUUCAGUGACGAGGCUGCAAACAUCUAUGAAAGGGCCAUCAGCACUUUAUUAAAGAAGAACAUGCUGCUUUACUUUGCUUACGCAGACUACGAAGAAAGUCGGAUGAAAUAUGAAAAGGUACAUAGCAUAUACAAUAGGCUCUUGGCUAUUGAAGACAUCGAUCCAACAUUGGUUUACAUCCAGUACAUGAAAUUUGCACGAAGAGCCGAGGGUAUUAAGUCUGGUCGAUCCAUAUUUAAAAAAGCAAGGGAAGAUCCCAGAACACGCCAUCAUGUCUAUGUGUCUGCUGCACUCAUGGAAUAUUAUUGUAGUAAGGACAAGGCAGUAGCCUUCAAGAUAUUUGAGCUAGGGUUGAAGAAGUAUGGGGACAUUCCAGAAUACAUAUUGGCUUACAUUGAUUAUCUUUCUCAUCUGAAUGAGGACAAUAAUACCAGAGUUUUGUUUGAACGUGUGCUGACAUCUGGAUCCUUACCACCUGAGAAAUCUGGAGAGAUCUGGGCACGAUUUCUGGCAUUUGAAAGCAACAUUGGAGAUCUAGCUAGUAUUCUGAAAGUGGAAAAGAGGAGGUUUGCUGCUUUUAAGGAGGAAUAUGAAGGCAAGGAAACGGCCUUACUAGUGGACAGAUACAAGUUCAUGGACCUAUUUCCUUGUUCCAAUAGUGAACUUAAAGCCCUUGGAUAUAAGGAUGUUUCUCGCAAUAAACUGACUGCCAUAAUCCCAGACCCCAUUGUGACUCCUUCAGCUGUGACUGUACUGAAGGAUGAGGUCGAUCGGAAACCAGAAUAUCCGAAACCUGACACCAACCAGAUGAUACCUUUCCAACCCAGACACUUAGCACCUCCUGGCCUCCAUCCUGUUCCCGGAGGAGUCUUUCCUGUACCUCCAGCUUCUGUACUCCUAAUGAAACUGUUACCACCUCCAACGUGUUUCCAGGGGCCUUUUGUUCAGGUUGAUGAACUAAUAGAAGUUUUAAGACGCUGUCAAUUACCAGAUACUGUUGAACAAGCUAUUGAGCUGAUCACUGGAGGCCAGCCUGAAAUGGUUAUUGAAGGAAAUGGACCCAUAGAAAAUGAUGCUGUGAUGAAAAAGCCCCUGAAAAGGGCAGCAAAUGAGGAUUCUGAUGAAGAGGAGGAGAAGGGAGCUGUGGCACCUCCUGUGCAUGACAUUUACAGAGCACGCCAACAGAAGCGAGUCAGAUAAUCUUGUCUGUUACAGACUGUUUGAAAGAACUGAAUUUACCAUUCUUAAAAUGUUGAGACAGCUACAUCUUCACUUGCCUGUGGAAAUGAGACUGUGCUUUCACUGUUGUGCCUCAUUCGAAUAAGUUUUAAUUCAUUUGGAUGGGGGAAAAAUGGAUGAUACCUUGUUUCUUCUCUAUGAAAACUGUAGUUUUUCAUCAGGCUCUCGUUUGAGCAGAAUAAAAAUGUUUUGGUCUUGGUCAGGCAUAGUGAGUGUGCGUGCACAUACAGGGUGUUAACAUUACAACUGCAAUCUGUACAAGUCUGCUACUCUAAUGCAACUUGUGAAACUUUGUGAUUUUGUUUUAUUUGUCUGUUUCAUUUUUUAAAAAGUGGAUGGUGUAAAUGAGGGAAAGUAUUUUAAUAUCCCACAAAGCUGAAAUGCCACUGUCCUGUGGUUUCCUGCCAAGUCUCAUUUUACCAUUAUUUAUGGCAAUCUGUUUCUUUUUGUAUUAUGACAAACUGAACACAACCUUUGUAAUAAAGUGAUAAAAAUACAUUUAAGCCUUA